GAAUAAUGCUUUAGUUGUCUAUUAAUGUGUAUUAUUUAUCCAGACAUGCCUACCGAUAUUUCAAGUUCAAUUACCUCAUACUCGUAUAUUGGAUGGAAAAUACGAUAUAAUAAUACGUACUGAUGUGCUUAUUUGAAGGGCAAGGAAAAUUGCGUGCGUAUCGUCUCAACAACCAACCAGUUGGGUGUAAUGUUUACGAUAACUCACUCGUGAGCUUGUUCUCUCGAAGUCUAAGUUAACGAAAAAUUAAAUGGUGUAGGUAGCGUUGUGAUUGUUGUGAUCCAGAAAAAAUGAUGAAAAAAAGGGUCAUAUUAUGGUGGAUGUUAUUCAUCGGUAUUGUGGUCCAUAUGUUCCAAAAAACUAACGUCAAUAUUGCCAUAAUAUCGAUGGUGAAAUUUGAAACGACUGAAAAUGAACUACAUAACACAGACGAAGGCAUUUGUACUCGUAGCUCCAAUAUCGAUGUGAUUUUUUUCAAAGGCUUGGAUGACUCAAAUAAUCAAAACACUCACUACCAAGUUGAAGCCAAUCAUACACAACACAACAAACAUCAAAAUAAGGGAUUACCUUGGACAGAACACCAACAAAACUUGAUCCUCGGCGGAUUUUUCUGGUUUGCUUGGUCGGCCCAGUUUUUUGGCGGUAUCCUUGCUCAUAAAUUUGGCUCCAAGUUGACUUUUGGACUUUCUACUUUCAUCGCCUGUGCAAUGUCGUCUCUGAUCCCUAGAUUAGCAUAUUUGGAUGCGACUGUUGUGUUGGUGGUGCGAGUACUGCAAGGAUUUAUCGCGUCUUUGGGUAUUCCUGCUGGAUUAGUUGGAAUCGUUGGUCAGUGGUCGCCACCUGACGAAAGAGGAAAAUUCAUGUCUGUGUUUUUGGGAGUAGCCUUUGGAGUAGCCGUUGGAUAUCCGAUUUUCGGUACCAUUGGAGAAUAUUUCAGCUGGGAAAGUAUAUUUUACGCCUCUACUCUGAUGGGAGCGAUAUGGUACGGUGUAUGGUUACUGGUGGUGUUUGAUUCUCCCGAAACUCAUCCUACCAUCACAACAGAAGAAAAAAAAUACAUCCAAGAACGUAUAGGAAAUAAUAUAUCUAAAGAUAAGUUACCGAUACCUUGGAAGAGUAUUUUAACCUCUGUACCCUUCUGGGCGAACGUUUUUUGCCAAUUUGGUAUCCAAUGGUGCAUACACACGUUGAAUAUCUAUUUACCGUCAUAUUUGCGAUAUGUGCACGGACUGGAUAUGAAAAAAGGAGGCUAUAUCGCUGGAGCAGUGUUCUUUGUGAAAUCAAUCGUAUCAGUUUUCGCAGCCUCCAUUACAGAUUUUAUUAUCCGAAAAAAAUACAUGAGUACUCAAUAUGUCAGGAAACUUUCAGUUUUUGUAAGUUGCGUAAUGGGAGGAGCUUUCUUAUUGGCUGUGCCUUAUGCUGAAUGUAAUGUGAAGCUGGCUGUGGUAUUUCUGUUUGUGGCGAUAACCCUACAUGGGUUUUUCAUCGCUGGAGCUACAGUGGCUAUCUUGGAUAUGAGUCCUAACUUCAGCAGUGUUUUGCAAGGAAUCGCAGGCACAUUGGCUGUAUCAUCUGGAUUCCUUUCGCCAUUCCUAACUGACCAGUUACCGUUUUUCAACAACGACAUGGAAAAAUGGCAGUAUAUAUUCUACAUCACAGCGGGAUUCAGCAUAGGCGGCGGUAUAAUAUUUAUUUUUUUCAGUGACUCCACUCUGCAACAUUGGAAUUCACCUAAAGAAGUUCCCGAAAUAAGUAAAAAUUCAGUCGAGAUGAGUAAUGACACAUGUAAGCAGACUCCGUGACCUUAUAAUCGUUUCAAUUUAUUUUUUAAAUGGACCAUGUCGCAUUUAGAUUAUUUUAAAAGAAAUAUACGUAAUUUGUUAAUUUGUUUA